CUUAUGGGAGCUAAUUAAAGCAAUCGUCAAACAUAAAAUGAAAAGUAACGCUCUAAAAAAAGAGAUCUAUUGAUGGGCUUAUGUAUGAGUUAACAACAAACAAAGGAUUCGUAAGCUAGAAAUAAAAUGUAAAAGAGUUUAUCUGAGAAUAUGAAAUGUCAAACUUAAGACAUAUUGACGUAAUUUAUUUUUUCUAUUCUAUAGAAAGUUGAGUGAUGAGGAAAUGCCUAAAUAUUCAAUUAAAAUUUUACAAUAUUUUUUAAAUUUCUUGACAAUAAAGGAGUGUAUUCAACUUAAAUUGGUUAAUAAAAAAUUGAAAUUCAUGAUUGAGAUGAGUAGCAACAUUUAUUCAAACUUCCUCACUCAAUAUUAUUUGAGAAAAUUAUAGCUACACUGUUUUGUAGAAUAUGGAUUGCAUAAAGGUUUUGUUUCUGUAUUCUCGGAAUAAUUAUUGAAUAUUGAAACAAAUUAGGAUGAAUCAUGGAUACAAAUCUAUUCAAAUUUUCAUAAAAGCAUGUAAUUUAUUUUUAGAUAAUUCUUUAGAUCUUAAUUGAGAAAAAUAGAAGAAGAAAUAUCAUUUCAAUUUAAUAUAGAUUACUCUAUAACCGAUAAAAUUAUAGAAAUCUGUAGAUAUCCCUCUUUUCCAAUUCCUAUUUUAACUGAUGAUAUCCUAAAACAUUCAACAACUAGUUGGUUUCAAUUAGAAAUUGCUUAAAAAACAACAGAUUAUAGUGCAGUUGAAAAAGUACCUCUUUUGGAUUAAUUGACAGAUAAAUUAUACGAAGAAUGUGAAUCCACUUUCAAAUAAAAAAAUUUGAAACAUACCUAAUUAUUAUUUGAAUUAAGAUGGAUUGUUAUUGAUAAUUUUAUUAAAGAUCCGAGCACUUUAGAUCAAGAUAAUAUUCCAAUAUUAUUGAAACUGUUGGCUCAGCUAUUUCAUUUUAUUUAUCAAAGAUGCAUUUUUUGUAGAAAUGUCUUGAUGAUCAUUAAAUAAAAUAAAAAGCAAGUACUAUUUUUAAAUAUGUAUUCUGUAUUGUGGGAAUCUUAUAUUGGAAUUGUUUGGGCAUUGAAUAGAUCGCUUAAAAAAAUGUAUAACAAAUUAGAUCAAUUAUUCAAUAAAUACUACACAACAUCAUUUCCUCAAAUCACCUUCACUAGUGCAUUAGUUAGAUUAUGGACAUAAAUUGUUAUAAAAGGUACUAAGAACCUUGAUAAUGAUCCUGUCGAAAAUGAAUUAUUUUUAUCAUUUGACGCAAUAUUGAAAAAUAAAAGAACUCUUAUUUUUGAAUAUUUUAACAAAGAUCAAAUGAAGAAUUAGAAAUAAAUUAUAAAUCACAUUAUUGAUGAUGAUUAUUUUAAAUACUGUUCGAGUGCUGUUGAUAGUCUUUUAAAUAAAUUUACAUCUAAUAUUCUUGAUUUAUCUUUACAUGAAUAAAGCAUUCACUGGAUUGGUCAUUCUUAAGUUAAAGUAGGAUCACUCUAUGGAUAAAUUUUAGAAAUAGUUGUUAAGUAAACUAACGAACUUUACAAUUAAGCCUCAAUCUAGUUUUCCACCAACUUUACUGUCUUUAAAGAUUAUAUUUUGGGUAUUUAAUAUCAUUUAAAAAUUUUAGCUGAAACUAGAUAUUUGUAAGAAAUUAUGAAUUAAUGGACAGUUGAAGUGUGUAUCUUGCCUAUCGGUAUCAAUUAUUUGUAUGAAAAAAUUAAAAUCAAUCUCAGAUAAUAUGUUUUAUCUUGCUAAUUAAACUCUUGUAUUGAAGAGGAAAGAGAUUUUGAAGAGAAUAUCUUAGAAUCCUAGAUUAUUCCAUCCAAUCUUUAAUUUAUCUAAUUCAAUGAGCAAGAUGAAUUGACAUCUAGAAUAGAGAAAGAGGAUUCUAUUCUAGAAUGCUUUAUUUGUUAAAUUUUAAAAGAAGAGAAAAUUCAACCCAAUGGGAAUUCUCGAAUUAUUUAAUCUAAUCAACCAAUUCAAUAAUCAAUCUUCUAACCUUAAUUUAAUAUUCCCAAAAUAUCUUCAACAAAAUAACAAAGUAUUGUUGAUGGAGAUUAUACUAAACUAAGAAUGCUCUCAAAUUUUUCAGGAAGUACGAGAAUAAGUUAAGCUACAUAGGUUACUAGUGUCAUUAGUUAACAAGUUCUAUCAUCUAUGAAAUCAAAUUUAAAUAUGUUUUAAGCUAAAGAUAUUAAAAAUAAAUUGGAAAAUAAUUAAUGGGCUACAUUUCUAAAGGAUAUUCAUGUAUUAGAAAUACAAAACAACAUAAAAAUUGAUAAGAGAAAUAAUCAAAUUUAAAUGAGAAAUUUUAUCAGAUAAAUACCUCAAGACUUAGAAGAGUCCUUUAAUAAUUUAAUAGACUUUACAAAAGUAUGGAAUUUAUUAGAUACAUCAACUCUAUAUUUUUCUAAAUAAGAACUAAAACAUAAUAGAGAUGAUAAACAACUUUUAAAAAGGGAAUUUAGUGAAAUCUAAUUUGGGGAUGGUUUAUUUGCCUCUUAUUUUUAAGUAAUUUGAGUUACACUUUCAGAGCUG